GGCCAGACUGGAGGUGGUGGGUAGGGGCUUCUGCAGACCCCUCUGCUAGAUUGAGGAAUAGACAGAAGGCCUGUGAGCCAGGGAGCUAGAAGUUUGGCCUGAGUGAAAGACUGAUCAGGGGCCAGUGUCCCAAUCCCUACAGGCCAAGGACAGGAGGACCUGCUAUGGGGCUGUUUGGGGAAGAAGAUUGCCCCAUCUCCUGCUUGUUUCCUUGCCUUCUGGCCCUGCCCACUUCCGCCGCAGCUCUGCCCCAGCCCCCAGCUCCCUACCCCACCUGCUCCUGGGGCAAGCACAGAGGAAGUUUGGGGAACAUCAAACUUCCUUGGAGUUUGUGAGGGUGGUGGGUGAAGAGGGUUGAUGAGACAUCUCAGAAGCAGCUACUGUAAACACUGGGGAUUUAGACAAGACAUCUCACCUGGAGCAGGACACCAGGGGAAUUCUCUUCCAAACAGGAGAUUCCUGAAAAAUAUCAAGACCAAUGCCUAGGAUUUCCCUCCAGACAGCUUGGGAUGUUAAAAAGAAAGUAUUUUUGAUACUUGCUGGUGAUGGCAGAAAUGAAACAAUUCAACCUCAGAAUUUUGAGAUAUAUCUGGAGACAAAAUAUAAAUGGGAUCUCCGGGGGCCCUGGCCAGAAGCCAACCCCAAGGGCCGGGGUCUCACUCUUCCCAAAGUGUCAGUUCCCCUGACACUUCUGUUGCUCUUAUCCCUAGGAUGGCAUCAGGCAGGACACGCUGCACCCGAAAGCUCCGGAACUGGGUGGUGGAGCAAGUGGAGAGUGGGCAGUUCCCAGGAGUGUGCUGGGAGGAUGCAGCCAAGACCAUGUUCCGGAUUCCCUGGAAGCACGCAGGCAAGCAGGACUUCCGGGAGGACCAGGAUGCUGCCUUCUUCAAGGCCUGGGCAAUAUACAAGGGGAAGUACAGGGAGGGGAGCUCGGAAGGCCCUGCCAUCUGGAAGACUCGUUUGCGCUGUGCUCUCAACAAAAGUUGUGAAUUUGAGGAGGUUCCUGAGAUCGGCCAUAGGGAUGGCGCUGAGCCCUACAAGGUGUACCGGCUGCUACCACCAGGAACUGUCCCCGCUCAAUCAGGGACCCAGAAAUUACCAUCAAAGCGACCCCACAGUUCUGCCUCCUCUGAGAAGAAAGAGGAAGAGAUUACCGCAAAGAACUGCAUACUCAGCCCCUCCUUGCUCCAGGAGCCCCCUCAGAAUGAGAUGGUGGAGACCAACGGGGGAGCUGGCCGUGUAGACUUUGGGAGCAGUGGAAGCAGCAGCAGCAGCAGCAGCCCUGAGCCUCAGGAAGGUAGGGACACAGCUGAGGCUCUUUUCCAGGGAGAAUUGCUGUCCCUGGAGCUUCUGCCCCCUCCAGAUUCAGACUACUCGCUGCUGCUCACCUUCAUCUACAACGGGCGUGUGGUGGGUGAGGCCCAGGUGCAGAGCCUGGACUGCCGCCUCCUGGCUGAGCCCUCAAGCUCCCAGUGCAGCAUGGAGCAGGUGAUAUUUCCCAAACCCGGCCCACGCGAGCCCGCGCAGCGCCUGCUGAGCCAGCUCCAGAGAGGGGUCCUGCUGGCCAGCAACUCCCGGGGCCUCUUUGUGCAGCGCCUCUGCCCCAUCCCCAUCUCCUGGAACGCGCCCCGGAUGCCACCUGGCCCGGGCCCGCACCUGCUGCCCAGCAACGAGUGCGUGGAACUCUUCAGAACCAGCUACUUCUGCAGAGACUUGGCCAGGUAUUUCCAGGGCCUGGGGCCCCCACCCAAGUUUCAGGUGACACUGAAUUUCUGGGAGGAGAACCCUGACCCCAGCCACACCUCACAGAGUCUGAUUGCGGUGCAGAUGGAGCAGGCCUUUGCCCGGCGUAUGCUGAAGGAGACCCCAGAGGAGCAGGCGGCCACCCUGUCUCUGCUGCAGAGCCUGCAGGACCCGCUGCCUCCUCUCCUCUCUAUCCCGCCGGUCUUCUUUGAGACAGCCUCAGCCUCCUUGCUGUCGACCUGCCUCCCACAGUGACUGUUCUCAUUGGUGGUCUGUGAUGACUUUGUCCCUCAACUCCUCAUGGACACCGAUUGGUGGGGAACUCAAGAGUGACUUUUUUUUUUUCAAUUUUGAGAUAUACCCUCUUUCAUGUCCGAGGAGCUGAACAGGGCAAGUCCAAAUGGUAUGAACUCAGUGGGCCUUUCCCUCCGCCCCCAACCCUAAAACCUGGCACUUUAUAUUUUCGUCUUAGAUCUUCACUAAGGAUUUAAAAUAAAAUGUUACUGAAAAAGGA